AUAACCCUUCGGUGCCAUUUGUCCUGUCAGUGAGGUUGGUGUGAGCAGCCCAGGCAAGGAUGGUGAUUAAUUGGUGGCUACUUGUAAUGGUGCUGGAGCUGCUGAAUGGGGCAACAGGUACCAUGAUAAAGCUCAACAAUGGAGGAUUUGAAGACAUUGUCAUUGCCAUUAAUCCUGGAGUACCAGAAGAUGACAAAAUAAUUGCCAGCAUAAAGGCUAUGGUCAGAGAGGCUUCUGUCUAUCUCUUCAAUGCUUCAAAGCAAAGGUUUUAUUUCAAGGCAGUAAAAGUUGUAAUUCCUUUGAAAUGGACAUCCAUGCCAAAAUAUAAACCAGUAACCACAGAAUCCUAUGAAAAGGCAGAUGCCAUAGUAGCUGACCCCUUCCUGAAAUAUGGAGAUGAUCCCUACACCUUGCAGUAUGGAGGGUGUGGGGAACAGGGGCGAUACAUUCAUUUUACACCUAACUUCCUGACAAACGACAAUUUACAAGCGGUUUAUGGAUCACGAGGCCGGGUCUUUGUCCAUGAGUGGGCUCAUCUCAGAUGGGGAGUCUUUGAUGAAUAUAAUAUUGAUGCACCUUUCUAUACAACUGGGCAAGACAAGGCUGAAGCAACAAGGUGCUCAGCUAGCAUCACUGGCCAAUAUAAGCUCCGAACUAGUUCAGGAACGCUCAGAGACUGCAAACUCGAACACCGAACUCAGCUGUAUGAGGCUGGAUGCCAGUUCAUUCCAGACAAACAGCAAAAUACUGCAGCAUCAAUAAUGUACAUGCAAAGUCUGCCUUCUGUUACUCAGUUCUGUGAUGAAAGCAACCACAAUAUGUAUGCAGCAAACCUGCAGAACAAACUAUGCAAGCAGAGGAGCACGUGGGAAGUAAUUAAGAACUCUGCAGACUACAAAGGUUCCUCUCAACUAAGUGGACCUCCCCCUGACCCGGUUAUCUCCUUGCUGCAAACCCGAGACAGAGUUGUGUGCCUAGUACUUGAUGUUUCUGGAAGUAUGGCUGGGGUGUUUAGACAAAAGUACAGUAGUACUGAAGGCUGUGAAAUUGUGCUCUUGACAGAUGGAGAAGAUUCUGCUAUAAGCUCUUGCUUUAGUGAAGUUGAAAGUAGUAGGGCUGUAAUUCACACCAUUGCUUUGGGGCCACUAGCUGCCAAAGAACUGGAAAAGCUGUCGAACAGGACAG